AAAGUAAUAAUUCAGAUUCUAUUGAGUUUGAAGAUAAGGAAAGUAAUUCAGAAUCAGAAUCUGAAAGUGAUAGUGAUAAUGAUAAGGAAAUUUUAGAUGAAAUUCCAGUAAUAAUGGGAGACUCAUUAGUUAAAACUGAAUUAAAUGUUGAUACUUUAA